AUGACGAUAGGCCCCGCCGGUGUCCGUUCUCGCUUUUUAGUCGCACCCCUUGUGAGCAGUACUACUAGAAAUUUUAGUCAAACUAUCACGGCUCAGCAAGCUACGCCUAGAGACAUUAGUCAUCAAAUCAGUGGAAAACCAAUGGGUGUAUUAGAUGUAGCUGCUAGACAUUUACUGCUGACAGAACUGAUUAGAGGCAUGUGGAUAGUUUUGGAAAACUUCUUCCGUCCACCCUAUACAAUCUACUAUCCAUUUGAGAAAGGGCCUAUUUCUACUCGUUUCAGAGGCGAGCAUGCACUCAGAAGAUAUCCCACUGGUGAAGAGCGUUGUAUUGCUUGUAAAUUGUGUGAAGCUAUUUGUCCUGCCCAAGCUAUUACUAUCGAAGCUGAACCUCGUGAGGAUGGAUCUCGUCGUACCACCCGAUAUGAUAUUGAUAUGACAAAGUGUAUUUACUGUGGUUUUUGUCAAGAAGCUUGUCCUGUCGAUGCUAUUGUUGAGUCCCCCAAUUACGAAUAUAUCACAGAAACCCAUGAAGAGCUGUUAUACAAUAAAGAAAAGCUUUUGGCUAACGGUGAUAAAUGGGAGCCUGAGCUUGCCAGAAAUAUACAAGCUGAACAUCCCUAUCGUUAG